AUGCGUAUGGGCAGUCAUAAAGAUGGCUUGGCACAUUCUGCACGUCUUGCAGAUGAAGUGAUGUGGUAUCAACCUGAAGGUUUGGACUGGGAUUUACAGCCGGUCAUUAACGCUGCAAGCAAUAAAGCCGUUGUGGCUCGUACACUGGAUGACAUUAUCAGUACCAUCGUUACACAAGCAGGUGAGGGCGAUGCUGUGGUGAUUAUGUCCAAUGGUGAUAUCACAUAA